AGGGGGAUUUUGUAAUUUAGCCUAAACUUUCGCCUUAAUAUCCAUCGUCGGCUCCGGGGGUGCGCACGGAGCUUCGCGAUGUGCGACCGCGCGCCACUGCGGCCGCCGCCGCCGCCGCGCGAUUUCCGAACCCUGGCUCGGAGGCCGCUCCUCCUCCUCCUCCUCCGAUCCCCACCCAAUCUCAACCUACGCAAUCCCCGAAUCAACCCUAGCCCAUCCCUUUCUACCCAGUUUCUCCGCAUCUCCGGGGCGAAAUUCGCCGCCGCGCGUGCCCCAUCGAGCGCCGAGAGCGGCGGCGGCGGCGGUGACGAACCCUCGGAUCGAGAGCGGGGAAGCGGCGAAUCCGUCGAGGAAGCGGCUGGAUCGGUGGCGCCCUCGAGCUUCGAUUUCCUCGAGCUGAAGAGGGGGGCGGAGACGGGGGAGGGGGAGUUGGUUCCCUCCGAUUCGGAGGGUUCGAGGGCAAAGGGAGGGAGGAGGGGGAUGAUGAGGAGAUCGAGCUUGCUGGCGAAGCAGGUGAUCAGCGUUCGAUCUGCGCGCAGCUUGGGAUUCGUCUCGCAGCUUUGGGUCGAUACGACAUUGUGGGUUGUAGCUUUAGUGGAAGUGAGGCCAAAUUUGCUCUCGGGAGAAAUUGAGAAGUUCCUUCUUGAGGAUAUAUAUCAGGUCGGGGACGUUGUGCUUGUCCAAGAUGAGAGUGUGAUAGAAAAUGAACUUAAGAUGAUCGGCCUAGAUAGUUUGGUAGGAUACAAUGUUGUAACAUCAGGUCGGCAAAAUGUUGGUAAGGUUCGUGGCUUUACUUUCAACAUAAAUUCAGGGGCUGUGGAGUCGCUUGAGCUUGACUCCUUUGGCUUUUCUAUCAUCCCUGCAAGUUUGGUGAGUACGUACUCCCUGUUUGUUGAAGACAUCCUUGAAGUAUUUAAUGACACCAUUUUAGUGCAUGAUGAUGCAGUUUCUCGAGUCCAAAGAAUAACAAAGGGUAUCUGGGACACUCAAAAUAAGCAUGGACAUGGAGAUCAGAGUGGCGAGUAUUACAGAUUCAGGAGACGUAGCGGGGACAAGUUUAGGAGAAUGAGAAAUGUAGAUGAUGAUGAUUGGGACCUUCCUAUGGAUUACUAACAAGUGCUUUCCGGGAGCUCUAGGGCAAACCAGGUACUGGUACUGCAAUGGGGCAAAUUGCCAUGGAAUAUUGUGGCUAAUGGGGGAGUUUUGGUGACAUCGAACUACACUCCGUCGAAGCAUGGGAAUGAAUUCCUUCUAUGUGCGGAGGAACUCGACAUCCCUCAUGGAGGGCGUGAUGUUGCGAGUUCACGCUGUACGGAAAGUUGCUGGCGCGUUCGGAACCCGCCAAAGUCUAAAUGGCAAUCAUUUCCAAACAUCUGCGAACUUCGGUUUCACAAACUCGUCGCUGCAGCCCCGGGCUCUCACUUAUAAACAAACACACCGUGAUUUGUAUCUGUAGGUCCUAUCAUGUGUCAUGAGAAUUUUUGUAAUGUCAUAAUAGUCACAUCGGAUAGAAAAGAGAUUCUAAUUGGAAAUAUAAGGUCACGCACCCUAGUAACAAUUUGUAUUAUACCUGAAUAUCAGUCGAAAGUGUGAGAGUUAAAUGUCAUGCGGGAUAAA